AUGGGCAAGCCGUCCAAGUCCCUGAGGACUAUUUCGACACUUUACAUUACACUGAUCAUUGCCAUCUGGAUUCUAGCAUUUGUCUUUAUUGCCUCUAGAAAUGGGUUCAAGGCAGAGAUAGUGAACCAUCCUCCAGCAGGUCUGCGAGAACCAAAUCUGAACCAAAGCAAUAUCAAGGAACCCACUGCAAUUGUCGUAGGAUUGCCAAAAUCGGGUACGACCAGCGUCUAUCAUUACUUCAAAUGCAAUGGAUUUGAGACGACGCAUUAUUGCUGUUGCAGUUCGACCGAAACCCAGUAUCCGUGUGCCAAUGGAACCUUUAUGAGCCACAAGCUGCUUCAGAAUUUGCACGAGGGCAAGUCUCUCUUGCAGGGAAUCACUGGUGCCGUUCACGCUCAAUUGGAUGGUGAACUAUUUGACAAUAACGAGCAACCCUACUUUUUGCCGCAGCAUUUUCACUUGGACAAACUUCAUGCUGCUGCGCCGAAUGCCGUUUGGGUUUUGCCCCUAAGAUCGGCCGAAAGUUGGAAACGAUCCGUUCAAGAAUGGUUGGACAUGGGAGAUCGCCUGCAAAAGACCUAUCAAUAUGCUCAUUCCAAUCCUGGCCUUGGACUAGAAGCGUCUGCGAGUGUCUUGGAGGGUGACUUUUUGGUCAACUUUUACGAUUGGCACACCAAGACUGUCAGAGAGGCUUGUACGAAGCACCAACGAUCCUGCGUGGAAGUGACAGUCGAUGAGAGUGCCGGAUCCAAACUGGAACAAGCCUUUCCAGGAACUAAAGCUUCCUGCUGGAGUCGUCAUAAUGCAGGGCCCUUCAUUCAAAUAGUGCCAUCGCCGUGA